CAAUUUCCAUGUGGUGCAUGUGCUCAACUCAACAUGGCUGAAGAAAGUAGAAGAGAAGGAGGAGGAGACGGCCAAGACGGCCUGGAUUACGGGAGUCGAAUGGACCCCGGCCUUAUUGAGAGUAAUUGGGAUGAGGUUGUGGAGAAAUUUGAUGACAUGAAUUUGAAAGAGGAGUUAUUACGUGGGAUAUAUGCUUAUGGUUUUGAAAAGCCUUCGGCAAUUCAACAGCGUGCCAUAAUCCCAUGCAUAAAGGGUCAUGAUGUCAUUGCUCAGGCUCAGUCUGGUACUGGGAAGACAGCUACAUUUGCUAUAUCAAUACUACAGACCAUUGAUGAAAAGAAACAAUCCUGUCAGGCACUCAUCUUGGCACCAACACGAGAACUGGCUCAACAGAUUCAAAAGGUUGUUAUAGCUCUUGGUGAUUACCAGGACAUUCUGUGUCAUGCGUGUAUUGGUGGUACUAAUGUUAGAAGUGAUAUUGCUAAACUAGAGCAGGGACAGCAUGUGGUGGUUGGUACCCCUGGACGAGUGUAUGACAUGAUUAAUAGGAACGCUUUGGACACUCGUUUCAUUCGAAUGUUUGUUCUUGAUGAAGCAGACGAGAUGUUGUCCCGUGGUUUCAAGGAUCAGAUUUAUGACGUGUUUAGGAAAAUGCCAUCAAAUACUCAAGUAGUUCUAUUAUCAGCUACUAUGCCGAUGGAGGUGCUUGAUGUCACCAAGCGUUUCAUGAGGGAUCCCGUUAGGAUUCUCGUUAAGAAGGAGGAGCUAACACUUGAGGGUAUUAAGCAAUUUUACGUACAAGUUGAGAAAGAGGAAUGGAAGUUAGAGACUUUGUGUGAUUUAUAUGAGACACUGACCAUCACUCAAGCUGUGAUAUUUGUUAACACUCGCCGUAAGGUGGACUGGCUCACUGAGAAGAUGCACUCUAGGGACUUCACUGUCUCAUCUAUGCAUGGUGAUAUGGAACAGAAGGAUCGUGACAUCAUCAUGAAGGAAUUCAGAAGUGGAUCCUCAAGAGUUCUUAUCACAACUGAUCUACUGGCUCGUGGUAUUGAUGUACAGCAGGUGUCACUAGUUAUUAAUUAUGACCUGCCGGCUAACAGGGAGAAUUAUAUUCACAGGAUUGGUCGUGGUGGUAGAUUUGGUCGUAAGGGCGUGGCCAUCAAUUUUAUAACGAGAGAUGACGAGAGAAUGCUAAAGGACAUUGAAGUUUUUUACAACACUCAAGUUGACGAAAUGCCCAUGAAUGUUGCAGAUCUCAUCUAAAAAGACCCGGCCUCGCCCCGUUAUUAUUUUUAUUCGUAAUGGGGUAGGCGUGGUUUAGGUGUGAAUUAUUAUAUUAUUAUUAUUCUUUAUGAUCUUUUUUGGAUCCAUUUUUUCCCUCACUCUCUAUCUCUCUCUGCACACAAAAAUGAUUAAUUUAUUUCUUAAAUGUUAUAAAAACAUUUUCUUGUAAUUAUUAUUAUUAUUAUUAUUAAUAUUAUUAUUAUUAAUAAAAGACAAAAUAAUGGAUGCGUACGACAAAAAGCAAUUAUAAUAAUAAUUCUUAAUUAUAAUAAAUGAAAAGAAUUCCAUAAAUGAUACAAAAA